AUGGCCAGCGAUCGUCUUGUCGACGUCUUCGCCAACUUCUUCCCUCCUAACAGCAAGGAUAGCUGGUUGUUCGGCCCGGAAUUACCGUGGUUCAAUGAGAACGAGGAGAGUGGGCGCAGCGACCUCGUUCUGUCGCAGUCCCUGUCGACCUGGCCCGAGAACUUUAACGCCUUCGGUCUCCCGUUCCUCGCGGCUGAGUUUAAGAGCGCCGGUUCAGGCAAGGAAGAAUGGGAUAAGGCGUUUGCGCAGCUGGACGGGGCCGUCAAGUAUUUGGCAAAGUGGUGGUCUCGUGGACAACCGCUGUUUGGCGUCACCGCGCUCGGCAACUUUUGCGCCUUCUAUAAGCUGGAGAACGGAAAGCUAGUAAGGGUACACGCCGCGGAAAAGCUCAGCAUGGCUGACGCAAAUGACCGCAAGACCAUUGGCAUGAUUUUGGAGGAUAUUCGAAAAGUGUCGCCAGCACCGACCGCGAAGUUUCAAUCAGCAGCCCCUCAUCUGUGA